GCAUCGAGACGCGGUAGACGAGGAAGACAAGGGUGAUUGUUAUUUAGGGUGAAAUAAAAUUUUUAUUAAAUUGAAAUAAUAUACUAGUAUACUUAAUUUGGACUUAAAAAUGUUAUCCACUCAGUACCUAUAUAUCCAAUCUUGAAACUGUUAUUUUACUAUGUUAUAAUUCACAAAUUCGCAAAAACGCGAACUUUGAACAAAAUAUACAACAUAAAAUGUGUCGAGCGAGUAAAAUUUAGCAAAUUGUCAAGGAAAAAUUGUUUAUCAAGAAUUAGUAACACUUAUUGAAAUAUUAAUCAAUCUUUAAAAUGUUUUACAUUAAACCGCCGAAUGGACAGAUAUCUCUACAUAUUAUGGAAAAAUGUGUAUAUACUAGGUUAGAAUAUUUAGAAUAUUUAUAUAAUAAUAAAAUUAAUGAAUUUGAUGGAAAUUUUCAAUACUUAUUAGAAAGUUCUGCAUAUGAUAAAGUUGGUCAUUUUAUAUUAAGACUACAUUCAUACUUUAGGUUAAUAGCUUCAACAUCAACUGAUUUAUGGAUGUACUGGGUUCCAAGAGAAACAUUAUUAUUGAAACAUCGAUUAGAUAAUAUUAUACCUAGACAAUUAAAUAGUCUUCUUCAAAGUAUUAUAAGGCAAUUGGAUACAAUAAAUCACAAAGAAAAUAAGAUAAGUUUAAAUAUACGAAGAAUAUGUGUAUUCUAUUUACAAUCUACAGUUUUUAAACAUAUUAUGUCAAAAAAUCAUACUGAUGAUUGUUGUAUUUUUCAAUACAAAGUAAGAUUUGAGUUAAUACCAGAAUUAAUCAAGCGAAGAGAGGUUGACUUAACUGGUGGAUAUGCUAUUGUAUAUUGUUCGCAAUGGAAAAAAUUAUUGGUAGCAUUAUUUAAUACUUAUUUGAUACAAGAUUUAAAACAUAUUAAAUCCCACGCAUGGCAUGUCAACAAUGAUGUUAGACUUAAUUCUCUCAAGCAACAAGUCCAGUUUUAUAUAUUGCAAAACAGACCUACCAUUGGAAGAAUAAAUAAUAAGAACAUAAAUUUUGAAAUACAAAAGUUUCCCUUGUGCAUGCAACAUCUUUAUAUGGUAUUGAAGAAAAGGCAUCGUCUUAGUCAUUAUGCUCGUUUGUACUAUAGUCUUUUUUUAAAGGAAAGUGGUAUGAAAAUAGAUGAUGCUAUUCAAUAUUGGAAAGAGGAAUAUUCUAAACCACAUACCUGUAAUUCUGUUUGUAUGCAUAAAUGGCAAACAGAUGAGAAAAAAUUUAUAUACAGUAUUAGACAUCUUUAUGGUUUAGAAGGAUCUCAUAGAAAUUAUAAAUCUCCCAAUUGCACUGUUAUGUGUACACAAGUCCCAGGACCCACAUAUGAAGGAGGGUGUCCAUUUAAAAAUUUUGACUCAGAUAGGCUUAUUAAUCUUUUGAGUAUUUCAUUAACAAAAGAUGAAAUAGAUAAAUUUCUUGAAAAAAUGCUUUUGCAAAAGCCAGAAAUAAUAUGUACAACUUAUUUCAAAAUAGUACAUAAAAAUAUUGAUGAUGAUGUCGUUGUUAGUAGUCCAUUACAAUACUAUACAAUGGCAAAUAAUUUGUAUUGAUCAUACUUUGUAAAAAUACAGUAAAAGAAAAUUUA